ACUUUCCGAGGGCGGCUCUACUUGACUGAGCUGCAGAACAGACAGCAGAGACACAGCGAGAGAGAGAGAGAGAGAGAGAGAGAGAGAGAGAGAGAGAGAGAGAGAGAGCACUAGCUUGCUAGCGAGCAAGGGAGCCAGCUAGAGGGAGGGAGAGAAGGAAGAGAGAGGAGAGGGAGGGGUGGGGGCGAGAGGUAAAUACUCUUAAAUCGGAAGGGAGCUGCCUUCACUGUGGAUCUGACAGGCGCUGCCUGGGCUCCGAGGCGCUGUAAUAACUGGGUGACCUUUUCUUGGGCUGUAUUAUGUCUGGCUGGGAAGGGAUUGCAUUUUGCGGCUGAGAGCCAGGGCUUCCUUCAGCUCGGGCUCCUCGCACACUACUGGGGUAAGUUGUCAGGAGCCAGGACCAAGAGAGACAUCCCCCGGACUGCAGUUGCCUAAAAGAAGGACACCUGUGGCUCGCAUGCGGUCCACACUGGUACUUGGCGGAUCCUGGAGGACCUCAUUAUUUUAAACUUAAAAAAAAAAAAUAGAGAGAGAUUCUACCCCCGUUUUUUUCUUUUUUCUUUUUUUUUUUUCAAACAAUGUUUCUUUUUGACCUUUCCCAAGGAGAAGCGCUACCAAGCAGCCGCUGGGCUCACUGAACACCCUCCCCUGUAUCGCUUAAUUGAGAAGGCAUACAAAUGCUCUCAGUUCAGCCAGACACCAAGCCAAAAGGUUGUGCUGGCUGCAACCGAAAAAUCAAGGACCGGUAUCUCCUAAAGGCACUGGACAAAUACUGGCAUGAGGACUGCCUGAAGUGUGCCUGCUGCGACUGCCGUUUGGGAGAGGUGGGCUCCACCCUGUACACGAAAGCUAACCUCAUCCUUUGUCGCAGAGACUACCUGAGGCUGUUUGGUGUAACAGGAAACUGUGCUGCCUGUAGCAAGCUCAUCCCUGCCUUUGAGAUGGUGAUGCGUGCCAAGGAUAAUGUGUACCACCUGGACUGCUUUGCCUGUCAGCUUUGCAAUCAGAGAUUUUGUGUCGGAGACAAAUUUUUCUUAAAGAACAAUAUGAUUCUCUGCCAGACAGACUACGAGGAAGGCCUCAUGAAAGAAGGCUAUGCACCCCAGGUCCGCUGAGCCCACAGCAGCAUCGACCCAACAACGCAAAGCACUACAUCCUUUUAUCUUUUUUGCUCACGUGUAUAUAAGAAUCAAUCGACACAGGAACCUACUAAAUAGGGUAGCAGUAGGAGAGCAGGAUGGCCGUGUGGAGGAGAAGGUGGACUGCAUCUGUAUGUAGUGAAAUUGCCCCCGUUCAAGAGUUGAAUGUUCAUUAUCAAAGAGAGAAGUAAUGUAUAUAUUGCCGGAUUUUUUUGCCUGCCAUUCGUUUUUGUGUCACUUGGCAUGAGAUGUUUAUUUUGGACUAUUGUAUAUAAUGUAUUGUAAAUCCAAAGCACAAAUGUAAUACAGUUUUAUUGUGUUACCAUUUGUGUUUGGUUUGCUUCUUUGUAUUGUUGCAUUUAGUACAAUCAGUGUUUCAACUUACUGUACAUUUAUGCUUUCUGUGUCUGCCAGCUAUUUUCAGCGAGCUGUACCUUUCUAAUAAGAAUUGAAGAGCCAACCUCCACAAUGACACACAGAUGAAGCAAGACUAUCGACGUGAGAAAGGCAAGAAUAAGCAAGUAAACAAACA